CCGCUCCGGCAGUUACCAGUUCAACUAAUCGCGAGCUGCCUCGCCGCCGGGUCGCUCCGCUUCCGCUAUAAUGGCUUCCACUCCUCCACCACCACCGUUUCGUAGCCUAGCCUACUAGCCCCACCACCUCCGACUCGUCCUUCUCUCCACGCUUCACUGCACCUCCCGCUGGCCGCCGCGGCCGCAGAUCUCUCGGCGAGAGAGAGGAGGAAGCGGAUUCCAAGAAAUGGUGAGCGCGUCCAGCCUGCUGCUGCCGUCGUCCGUGCGGGACUUCGCGUCGUGCAUCGGCGACGGGGCGGUGCGCGUCGCCGACGUGGCGGCGUGCACCGCGCCGUCGUCCACGCGCACGUCGACGUGCUCGUUGUCGUCGUCGGCGGCGUCGUCCUCGCCGACGCUCUCAGUCACCGUGUCGUACCAUGCCACGCUGCUCCUGGCGGAUGGGUCGUCCGCGCCUCUGCAGCUCCGGCUCACGUGGGGUCACUCCCCGCUCGGGCCCACGCUGUCGUUCGCGCCGUCGGCCACCGCCCGCGCCGUCCAGCUCCGCCGGCGGAGGGGCUCCCGCUCGGUCCCGUCGGGCUCCGGCUCCGGCGACGAGGACGGAGGCGGUGAAUUGACUAGUGCUCCGACGCUCGCGCUGUUCUGGGAUCUCACCGCCGCGCGGUACGACCCCGCGGCGUCGCCGGAGCCGGUGUCCGGGUACUACGUGGUGGCCGUGGCCGACGCGGAGGUGGUGCUCGCGGUGGGCGACCUGGCGGCGGAGUUCGUGAAGGCCAAGUUCGAGGGCCAGAUCCCCAGGGCGCGCAUCGCGGCGGUGGCGCGCGUGGAGCGCGUGGUGGUGUCCGACCCGGCGGCGAUGCACGCCGCGCGAGUCCGGUUCGCGGAGGGCGGGCCGGAGCACGAGGUCAGCGUCAGCUGCGCGCCGGGCUCCGGCCCCGGCGGCGGGGACGAGCUGUGGGUGUGCGUCGACGGCAAGCGCGCGGUGCAGGCGUGCCGGCUGCGGUGGAACUUCAGGGGCAACCAGACGGUGUUCGUCGACGGCGCGCCCGUCGACGUCAUGUGGGACCUCCACGGCUGGUGGUUCAGGGAGACGCCGGGAUGCGCGGUGGUGAUGCUCCGGGCGAGGAGCGCGCUCGAGAGCCGCCUGUGGCUGGAGGAGGAGGCCGCCGCGCCGGGCUUCUCCCUCAUCGUGCAGGCCUUCAAGUCCCCACCUUGACCAUCAUCAUCAUCUUCUUCUUCUUCUUCUUCUUCCUCUUCUUCUUCUUCCUCAAGAGGUCUCAUUUGCUCACUGCUUUGGUUACUCUCUCACUUGGUGGAAUUCACCAAACCAUCAAAGCAAAUGUGUGGUUGUUGAUUACUUGAUUGAUUGCAAAUUAGUUAGGAUUUUCAUGGGAAAAAAACAAGAAGAUCAUGAACAGGGCAUAUACAUUGAUGAGAUUGGUGUGUGUAGGAUCCUUUUCUUCUUUAAAAUCUUUUCUGAAUAAUUGUUAGUAGUUUGGUGUGUGUCCGUACAGUUAACAAACAACAACAGAAUGCAAUUUAGAGUUGUGUUUUAGCUUUUGCUUGUGCUGUGCUGCAUGAGGUGGUGCAGCUAGAUAUUGGAUUGUGAAGUGAAACACUAGUUUCUGCUUGAUGUAAAAUUUUAAAAAAUCGCUAUGUGCUACCUGCAUUGCCUUUACUCUUUACUGUUGUAUCACAAUGCAGCACUGCAGUGAAAUCAGUGCUUACUGUGUACUGCAAUUCAACAAAGCAAUUGCAACAUAAGUUCUUGGCUUGCACUGUGCCAUCAAAAUCUCUUGCACGGAUGAUACUUCUCAUACAUACUGUUCAUCCUAACUAUUGCAAUUGAGCUCUCCAGUACUGAUUCAUGGAUAUCUACAACAUGUUUGCACAUAAUAUCAGUUUAUCUUAUGAUUGUCAAUUUG